GAGAGCUGGGGGUGCUUCCAGCAGCAGAAAAGGGCAUCCAAGCAGGAGUUGGGCAGUGGGGGAGUUCCGGCUUGAAGGACGCCUACAAGAAGGUCCAUCGGUGAGAAGAUCCAUCGGUGAGAAACGGGCCUGCCUUAAUGGGAAAGAGCGUAAGGAUGACCUUGGCUUCCUGCUGUUCCUGAACGAGUGAACUUCCUGUGCCAAGCAGCUUUUCGGUCUCUGUUUUAUGGCGUCCGUCUCUGAGGAAGGACCGGUGGGAGGGUUCCCCUUCUUCAUCGCCGGGGUGUCCCUGCUCUCUGCCUGUUUUGUGGCUCUCUGUGCAGCCUGCAAAAGGAAAGAUGAGAGCAAGCUGCCUUCCCAGGAUGAUGAACAGGUGUUGUGUGAAGAGCCUGCUGUGCCAGGACCGAUGGCACCCUUGGCAUUCGGAGGCUCGCUGCCCAAUCUGCAGCACGGCGGUGGGAGAGAUCCAGGGGACGCAAACACCAUACCAGCCCUAUUGACUCUUCCUCGCCCGCCGAACAAAGACGGCAACACGGUGGGUAGCUGCAGCUUCCUCAUCCUCCCUCAGAGGGACCUGCCCAACGUCCCGUCUUCUCCAGACAUGACCUACUCCAACCUCAGCUUCCCGAAACGAGGCGAGGUGACGCUGUGCGAAUCCCAGAGAGUGGAGGGAGAAGAAAGCCAGAAGGUCCAUCCUGUGGCAGAUAAGAUAACGGAGGACAUCCCAGGCCACGAGGCCCAGGCAGGUGGACCCAGCUACGCGUGUGUUGUGAAGAAGAAGAAGACGACGACGACCGAUGACAAACAAACCUGGGUGGAAAUGGAUAAACCUCGAGAGAUGCCUCUUCUCACCAGCCCGGCGUUAUCUCCACCAACAAAAGAGAUAGAAGAAAUGUACUCGGUGGUGUGCAAAGAGAAAAAGAAGAAAAAAGCCCAGCGCUCUGAAGAGGCAGCCCCGCAAGCAAAGGGGAAUCCAGUCAGUCAGGAAUCCAAUGGCAUUGCAAGUUACCAGUCCUCAUCGCUCCCCACCGCCACGGAGCCUUACUAUGAGACCGUGCCGUGUGAACCCUGGACCAAGGUUGCAAGUCAGCCAGUAGCUGAACCGGCUUAUGAGUCUGUGGAUACUUACUGGAACAAGGUGAAGAAAAAGAAAACGAAGGCCCCGAAGAAGAAAAUGGCGCCUGAAAACUUGUACGAAAGCAUCGACCAAGUGACCAUUUAGGGCCGACAAGGCUGAGAGAGAACGUCACAACUGGAAAGCUGACUCUUUCUGUGGCCUUUUCACGGUCCAAGGGCCCCGGUUCCAACCGAUAAAGGGAAGUACAGAUAGCCCUCAACUUACAACCAAUCAAUCAAUCAGAAUACAGGUAGUCCUCGACUUAUGACCACAAUUGGCCCAAAGUUAACGUUGCUAAGGGAGACAUUUCUCCCGUGAGUUUUGCCCCGUGUUACGACCUUCCUUGCUGCAGUUGUUAAGUGAAUCUGUUGUGUCUGCGCCCCCCGAGCCGGCCCUGCUGCCAGAAAGUGACUUGGAGCCGGGCCUGCUGUCAGAAAGUGACUUGGACAGUGAGGGGGAAGGGCCAUCAGGACUUACCUUGGGAGCACCGGCUUCCCUGGCUCAGCUCCAGGAGCCAGAGGCAGGCCAGGUGGAGGAGAUAAUGAGGCCUCCGUCCCCUGACUCUUUCCCCCCCCCAGGCCACGCCUCCAGACCCAGCUGAUGGCAAUCAGGCCUGGCUGGACCCUAGGUUUCAUAGGCAGGAGAGGCGGGAACAACAGAAGCAAGGGUGGGGCAGGCCUAGGAAAUGCUGAGUCAUGGAGCCACACCCCACAGGAUAUAAAAGGCAGCCAGAGUUGCUGUGUCUCUUUGUAACAGGCAAAUCCACUGAUUAAGAGCUGACGUUUGUUUCUGGGAGUCUCACCAGCGUCGUGGAAAAUAACGGAGGCUCUUGGCAGACGCUGGCUAUUCUGCUGCCAGAGCUGAUAGUGCCGGCUAAUUAAGCCAUCACUCGGACGGAGGCGAGGGAGGACAGAACAGAAUCGCUGCAGUUGUUAAGUGAGAAACAUGGUCAUUAAGUGAAUCCAUUGAUUUUGCUUGUCAGAAGGUCGCAAAAGGGGAUCACGUGACCCCAGGACACUGCAACCCGUCAUAAAUAAGAGUCAGUUGCCAAGCAUCCUCACGUAACCGUGAAGAUGCUGCGACGGUCGUAAGUGUGAAACAUGGACAGAAGUCACUGUUUUCAAUGCCAAUGCAACUUCGAACACUAAAUGAACUGUUGUAAGUCAAGGGCUGCCUGCAACUCACUUAUCGACUGCCUUGCUUAGCAACGGAAAUUGUGACCCCGAUUGUGGUCUUAGAUCAAGGACGAUCUGUGACCAGACCUGAGAACAGUUAUGCGCUUCUGCUAUGCGGCCCACAUGUAUAUUUGCCCUCCUUUUGGUAGCCUCUGUGAUUUGGGCAGCCACUCGCCCCAUCUCGGACUAGCCCUCCUUGUAGCUGCUGGAUGGGGAGGAUGGGGAGUGUGGUCCAAAUGCCUUUAGAAGGCGCCAGCUCAGACAGGUUGCUCCAAAACCUUUUGCUAUGUCCGCUUUGACAAAUGUUUUCUUCUAUAAAGGAAUCUGCACUUCCCCGCCAUCGUGUGUAUUUGUUGUGGUGUCGCGGUGGUUAGAAUGCAGCAUUGCAGGUGAACUCCGCCCACAGCUAGCAGUUCAACCCUGACCGUCUUAAGGUUGACUCAUCCUUCCAUCCUUCCAUGGUCGGUAAAAUGAGGACCCAGAUUAUUGGGGGUAAUAUGAUGACUCUGUAAACUGCUUAGAGAGGGCUGGAAAGACUGUGAAGCGGUAUAUAGGUCUAAGUGUUAUUGCUAUUCUGUCUGUCUGUCUGUCUGUCUGUCUGUCUGUCUGUCUGUCUGUCUCUAUCCAUAUCUAUCUAUCUAGUUAGCUAGCUAGCUAUCAUCUAUCUAUCUCCAUCCAUCCAUUAUCUAUCUAUCUAUCUAUCUAUCUAUCUAUCUAUCUAUCUAUCUAUCUAUCUAUCUAUCAUCUAUCUAUCUCUCCAUCCAUCCAUUAUC